UUAUUAGUAGAUCGCCAGCAGCAGAACAGUGUUCAUUAAACGAUAUACCAUAUUAAAUAUAUAGCCAGUGAACAACAAGUUUCAACAUGAAGUGUUUAAUUUUAGCCGCAUUUUUGCUGGUCAGCUCCGCCAGCGCCGAGAAUAUAUUUAAGAUCAACAUCACGCCAGAGGAGGCACAACAGUAUUUGAACAGCGCGCAACUGCGUGGCGUCAAUGAGAUCGAGUAUGCACCAAAGACGGGCGAGAAUCCGUUGCCCGAGGCUCGCAAUGAGAAGGGCGAGUUUGUGUAUAUGGGACGUGUGAUAGAUCAUCCCGAGGAAUACGUGGAGGAGCACUACGAUGCACAUCAGUAUCAUGGCCAGGAUGGUCUAGGACAGUACGUGUAUGGCUACAAGGAUUGGAAUCAGGGCAAGAACGAAAAGCGCGAUGAGGCCGGCACCGUCACCGGCUCCUACAAGUAUGUGCAACCCCAUGGACGCGACUUCAUUGCCAAGUAUUAUGCAGACAGGAGUGGCUUCCAUGUGGAGGACAAUCGUCCCGCUCAUCUGAAACAGCCAGCCACCAAGACGCCCGCUGUGCUGAAGGCCGAGGAGGAGCACUUCAAGCUGUGGGGUGAGCUCGCUGCCGCUGCUGGUCACAGUCCCGAUCCCUAUGCAGCCGAGUACCAGACACAGGAGGGAAGCUAUCAGCCAAGCGAGGCCGAGACCAGGGAAUACGUGCACGAAGAGAAACCUUAUGUGCCCGGACCAGGGGAGACUGGUGACCCCAAGGGCUUCUUCUAUGCGUUCGACUACAAUGUGCCGCUGUUGCGCAACAAGGCGGAGCGUGCGGAGCUUGAGCAGCUGCGCGCCGUCAACAACAAGGACGAAUAGAGAGAGUCCUUGUGCCAGUUGAUGUAUUAGAUGUUAGCCUACAUACAUACGUAGAAAUAGAGUAACUCUAAAUAUUUAUUCGAUGAUAUUAAAUAAAUCUGCAGAUAUUACAUUUCUCAAA